AUGAUGGCAAGCCCUACGAAUCAACAGCGCUACAUGGACGAGGGCCUCUCACAGUUGACGUUGCCCUCCUACGGUGAAGUCGGCCAGGAGGCUUUUGGCCGACAUGGGCGCUGCUUGGUGGAGCUGUCGAUUGGUCUUUCUCAGCUGGGCUUCUGCUCGACGUAUUUCCUCUUUGUGAGCCAAAACGUCUCCGAGGUCCUUGGCACCGUGGCUGGAUGUCGACAUGUCAUCUCCCAGCGCAAGAUUUGCUUGAUCCUGGCCGUGCUAUGGGCACCUUUGGCUUUGAUCCGCCGACUGAAGCACUUCUCAACUCUCAACUUGCUCGCAGACCUUUGCAUCCUCUUGGGCUUGACCGUGAUCCUCCUGGCGGCAUUUCGGCACCUACCAGAUGUGAUCCCAUGGGAAGUGCCUUUGGCGAAUCUGGAAAGUUCUCCACUGACUCUGGGCACUGCUGCAUUUGCUUUCGAAGGCAUUGCCUUGGUCCUGCCCAUGUACGAAGGGACGCACCCGAAGUUGAGGAAGCAUUUCAAAGGCACCAUGUCCUGGACAAUGUCGGGCUUGUGUUUGUUCUUCAUCCUCUUUGCGGGCAUUGCCUACAUCGCAUUUGGCCCGACCACCCGCACCGUGGUUUUGUUCAACUUGCAGAUGGGAGGAUUGAAGAGAUUGACUUCUCAGAUCCUCUUUUGCAUGGCCUUAAUUUGCACGUACCCCUUGAUGCUCCAUCCAGUUUCAAAGCUCAUGGAGGAACAUUUGCACGAGCCUGGCCCAGGUGGGUCCUGA